AUCUCCAUCUAAGCCCUGCGCUAUAAUUGAAAUGGCGCAUUUGGCUGCAGGCAGGUUGUGAGGGCGCUUUCUGCAGCAGCAUGCAUGCAUGUCCAUAGACGUCAUUUGAUUUUAAUGGCCUGCAGGAAAUUUGGCGUUACAACUCCAGACAUUAAGGCAAGAAAGAGAGGGAGAGGAAGAGAGAGCAGGGACACGGGGGAAAAUCACCGCAUGAAACAUAUUGGUUCAAGGAUAUCUCUUCAUUUUCAACAUAUUUUUUUACUGAGACUUUAUCAACAAGUUACUGCUCCUUUAUUUGAGGCGAUGUUGCCUGAGUGAAGGACUAUGGCAGCCCGCCUGGCUUUAAACUUUAAAUUUAGGCUGGAGAUGGAGAUGGAAAUGUAUGCCUGCUAGCUGGAACUGCCUGGGGAACUAUUACAUCAGACGAAAUGACAAUGAUUAAAAUCUGCUUUUUGCUGCUCUAAAUCUAUUGAGCGACUGACAGUUGCCUCUUAGGUUUCCUUCACCCUCUAAAUCACAACUUCACACCGUUAAGGGGAACGGUCUACUUUUUUGCCGGAAAAAAUUAGAUAAGUUAUUAUAUCUGUGCAGUCAUAAUUUCGGGAAUAGGGGGUAUCACGUUUUCUUCCUUGAGAAAAUUGCCUGGGCGAGAGAGUGGAGUUGAGCUAAUUGUAGCCUAAUCCGUGGCCCAGAGGCGCUUGGGCAGCCCGGAGCAAGAAUUUUCUUUUUUAGCUCUGCUCUGUUAUUUAGAGACGGAUUAUUGGCUUUCUUCUUCUCAUAACAAACCACAGGGGCAGUUUCAUUUAGGCAAAAAGGCAGACAAGAAGCUGAAAUACGAAGCAGGAUUCCAACAAGAGCGCACAUUUUUACGCGUAUCCAAAUAAGAGCAGAGAAGGGGAAGGAGAUCAUCUCAUCUAUGUUCAAGGAGGGAAGAAGCAUGUCACGGCUGUCUCUGACCCGGUCCCCGGUCUCUCCUCUGGCCGCUCAGGGGAUCCCUCUGCCGGCUCAGCUGACCAAGGCAAACGCCCCGGUGCACAUCGAUGUCGGGGGACACAUGUACACCAGCAGCCUGGCGACCCUCACCAAGUACCCAGACUCCAGAAUCAGUCGUCUGUUCAAUGGCACCGAGCCCAUCGUGUUGGACAGCUUGAAGCAGCACUACUUCAUAGAUCGGGACGGCGAGAUAUUCCGCUACAUUCUCAGUUUCCUCAGGACCAGCAAAUUGCUCCUUCCAGAUGACUUCAAGGACUUCCACUUGCUGUACGAGGAGGCGCGCUAUUACCAGCUGACGCCCAUGAUCAAAGAGCUGGAGCGCUGGAAGCAGGAGCGCGAGCAACGACGGAUGGCGCAGCCCUGCGACUGCCUGGUGGUUCGUGUCACACCCGACCUGGGCGAGAGGAUCGCCCUGAGCGGGGAGAAGGUCCUAAUCGAGGAGAUCUUCCCUGAGACUGGAGACGUUAUGUGUAACUCAGUCAACGCCGGCUGGAACCAGGACCCAACGCACGUCAUCCGUUUCCCCCUCAAUGGCUACUGCAGGCUCAACUCCGUCCAGGUUCUAGAGCGUCUUUUCCAGAAAGGUUUCAGCGUGGCGGCGUCAUGCGGAGGCGGUGUGGACUCGUCCCAGUUCAGUGAGUACGUGUUGUGUCGCGAGGACCGGCGGAGUCUGUCCAUCAACACGCCCAUCAGGAUAAAACAGGAACCCCUGGACUAGAGGAUUCUGGGAGAGGGACUGCCAACACCCCACCUCACCCCACCUACCCACCCAAUACUCCUUCCAUCUUCUCACAGCACCGCACCCUGCCUACCCCUGCCCCCGUUCCUGCCCUAACAGGACCACAACCACCCCCAGCAUACCUAAGUAUUAGCAGAGGCUUGUUAACCUCACCAGCCCUGCAGAACUCUAAGGGGAAUGUAGAACCAAACAAAGGGAAAAAAAAGCAUCAGCAACAAAAGUUUUUGAUUACGUUAAAUAACGCCCAAAGAAUCUGGGACUGUGAUGAAAACAGCAACGACUACAAAUGGACUCAACAGCAGCUCACGUAAACCAUUUUAGCACCAUGACUGGUUGAUUUUUCCCUCAUCUUCUUAUAAAAAAAGGCGUCCUGUCCCUUUUGGAGGGACACAACCCUGCCAUCCUCUUUGAACCCCAAUCCAUUGCACCCCUCAACAGACACACACACACACACACACACACACACACACAAACACACACACACACACACACACACACACACACACACACACACACAAACACACACACACACACACACACACACACACACACACACACACACAAACACAACACCGCCCUUCCUCUCCCCUUUCAACAGUGUGUCAUCCACCUCUGUGUCUCUAUGAGGUCCAUGUAUUGUCUGAUUGGUGACAAAUCUGGCCUGCUGUGGGACAAGAAAAACUUUGGCAGACAGGACGUUUUUAAGGAUGACAGGAAGAAGACAUAAUCUGGUUUUACGAACCCUUCAAAAAGCCCAAGCCCCCCGAGACCCUGCGACCUUCCAACCCCAUCCCACCCCACCCCCACAGGCCUGGCUACAGACGACGCCAGAGCUUUGCUCAAAACAGCAUCGUUUGCCAAACUGAUUGUUUAUUACAAUUUUUCAUUGUUGUUUCUAAAGUAUGUUCUUCUUGCUCCUUUUGCUGUUCUUAUCAUGACAUGGUGUAAACAAUUAUUAUUAAUAGGAUUAUUUUUAAUGUCUCUUUUUUCCUUUCUCCAAUAUGAAGGAUGUAUGAACAUUGUAUUCAUUAGGCUUUGAGAGCUUGUGAGGGAGCAUUUCUUGGCAGUAGCUGCAAAAAACUCAGAUGUCUCCGGGCUAUGUGGCUAAAGCGAUCUGGCUGGCAAUGCAUUCAGAGCCGGAAAAAGUCCCAUUGUUCAAAUGGGAAUGGAAGAGAACCUGGAUGUUUCGACAUUGUUUAUAGUCAAAUGUGCAGCACACAUAAAAAAAGUGCUCUGGAAUUUGUGCUUAUUAGCUGUAAAACAUAUCUCGGGUCUCUGAUCGAAUUCUGUCUCACACGAGCACAAACGUUUGUUCGUAUUGAGCCGAAACUGAAAGAAAGUUUGUAAAUUUAAAAUACAGGUUGAAGUUGCACAAGCUCUAAGUGUAUUGCAGUUCUGCUGGGUAAGAAUGUUGAAGACUUGAGGACGUGGAAAGCCGACGUUUACCAGUAUGUCUCGUGAUCAGCAAGAGAUGUACUCUAAAUGCUUAAUGUUUCUUUGCACUUAAACGUUUCCUACAGAGCUGCCCUACCCUGCUCCCUUAAAACACGUUUGAUCCCAGUGACCGGUGCCAAGUCGAGCUGUUAAUCUUCUCAUGCUUUAGCAGACUAGGACACUAAAAUGUUUCAAAACAGGCAAAACUUCCAACAGAACAAAUACUGCAGGUACCAAAGUAGACAAGGUGCCUAUUUUAUUGAUUGUACAAACAUAAAGACGCCAUCUCUUUUUACAGUUUAUAGCUAAAGAACACAAUGCAUUAUUCAGAAGUGUGAAGAGUACCAACAUUUGUUCCUUUAGGCCUCCAGUCUUGACAGUUUUGUUGAGAAUAGCUCACAGUACCAUCAGACCAAGUUUGAGAGGCAAAGUCUCUGUUUCAAUAUUGUCACUUCUAAGCCAAGAUUAUUUCUGUGGUUCUUCUCAUAUAUGUAUGGCAGAACCCAAAGUGAACUGUACUCCUAGAAUCUGCGUGUUAUUCACAAAGAGGCGAGUGGGCGGCAUUUACUCUAUCCUGCUCUCAUUCUUUUGGUCUUAUUCUCAACAUUUCUGGAUCAAAGACAGAAACAAGAAAGGCCAAGUUUUCAUGCUUUAUAUUUGUGUGUAACUUACAGAUGCUGUUUCUUCCAUUCCAAAAGACUGAGAAAAAGAAAAAAAGAGAAGCUCAUUCUGAUCUUUGUGGGCCCUGGCAGUUGUUUGAGUUAAACUGGGGUUGUUUUUAUAAACUAGUUGUUCAUUAAAAAUGGGCGGCACUUCUUCUGACCACACUGUCCUAAUAUCUGCUCUCUCCGGAUGGCCGCUGAUUAAACGAGGCCAAUAAGUGGAUAAAGAUGAGCUCAGAUUAAGUAUAGCCCGCAGUCCUGUGCAGUCAUCCCUGGGGGUCUCUCUCACAAUCAAGCCCAUCUUUGUUCUGACCUGCCAGUGGCCUGCGCCUUCGCAUACAGUCGCCUCAAAGGGAAUGGUCAACCAGGCCUUUCAUGUGCCGAGGCAUGUUGGGCUCUUCACAGCGCUCCUCGCCCCCCUCUGCCUCCCCGAAGGCUCCCAGCUCAGUGGUGCCAGUAGAAACUUGGGUUGAACCCCCUGCUGGUGUGUCAUCCCCAUGCCCUGGUUUUUGAGAACGCCCUCCUACGCUGUGGCUCGCUGGACCACACCGCAACAAACCAAACAAACUGAUGAGUCAAAUCUGAGCACACUCAGAACAUACUGUACAGCCAGGCUGCUUGACUCUGCUGCUGAGCCCAAGAUCUUUCAUCCAGUUGAUAUGAGGUGUGGAAACUCAUCUGGGUUAGUUCUUGAGGAAACAGGCGUAAAAACGAUCCAUGCCAUAUUAAAACCUCACAUCUGCAAGAAUUACUUCUUUUUUUUUUUUUCAGGGAGGAGGGAACGAAGGCAUAUUUUCUUACUGAUGUGGCAUUUUGACAUCACAGAGUGGGCUUUUAGCUUCCAAGAGCUAAGGACUCAUGCAUAUGUGAAUAAAAACACGAGUGACCAUUCAAACUUAUACAUAAAGUGAGAAAAAAGGAACAAAGACUGCAGGUAUGGGUUUCUCUGUUUGCAAUAACCAAACCAGGGAUGCCCCCUCUCUACUCAGCGUAUAAAUAGCAGGCAACCUACAGAGCAAGUCAAACUUGACAGGACUGGAAACUUCCUAGACAUGUUCACACAUGCCGCCCUUUUCAGAUGGUACUGGUCAGUGUUCAGCCAGUUCACAUGGCAUUCACUCCCACCUCUGAGGCAGGUCAGUUGUACAGUUAUUGUAAACUGAAUUAUCAGGACUCUGGGUUUUACGAGACCCUCGUGUUUUUAAAAGACCUCUUAGUCCUCUUCACGAAAAGAAUGAAAAGAAUUCAAAGCUUAACACUGUGUACAUAUGGAUUAAAACAUUUCAAAGGGUAUAAUAAGGUGCAAAUGUAUAUUAUUUAAAGUGUUUAAAACAAUUAGACUGUGGUAUUAAAGGGCAUGUGUUCAUUUACAGUGUCUCCAUUUGACUUUUCUUGCAUAUUUGCGAUAAUAAAAGGAUGUACUGUA